GUCAUUAAGAUAUCAACAAACUCCUUCUGUUACGAAAUCUUCUGCUACAAAAAUGGACAUUCAGUUAAUUCUAUCAGGUUUGGUACCCGUCUUGUGCUUUGGUGUAUCCUUCGGUACCACUCUUCCACCAGCGGACCCUUCCUGCUACUGCCUCGGAGAACCGUACUUGGAAUCAGCUGAACCGUUCAUGCACGACGACUGCACCUACUGUGUGAAUUGUGGCGAAGUUCAACAGGCGGACUGCAUUGAUUCUUGUGUUAACCCAGAACCGGAAGUAGAUAGUGACGGUAUUUGUUGUCCGAUAUGUCCAGACGGGCCGAAUUGUGAAACAGAGGGAGUAAUUAUACCUCACGGAGAUCAGAUGGUGGUCGGUGAUCAACUUUGUGAAUGUGAACCUCUGAUAUUGAGCUCAUAUAAUCCAAAAACUUCUGUUAUUUGCUAUCCACUACCACCAGCGUACUAGAGUUUUACACCUUGUGAUUACAAUGUAAAUUGUAGAAACGUUGUGUACAAUAAAACCCGGGAAUAGCAUAAUGUGUUUAAUGUUUCAUUGCUUCAUUAAAGGGGUUCAAAAGCG